UGCCUUGCCUUGACAGAAGUACAGGCGAGUGAGUGGAGCGUACAUCUCCUGAUGAGUCAUAAUUUUGUCGAGACGUCUGUUCGAUUGUAUACGCGAAAUGUAAACUUCGAAGUAAUUUAUAACCAUUCGAUUAAUUAUCGACAUCAGAUUGUUUGUGGACCCUGAUUAUAUCCUCACCGAGCCCGGUUCUAUUGUCUUGUGUUUACCUGAGUGAAACGGUUGAAACUAUGGGAUUCCUGAUCUUUUGUAUUCGUUUGUAAUAACUGUUUGUGUCUAAUUAAUAUUUGCGUGGGGUGUUAUUGUUGCCGUGAUUGGUGCAGUGUUUAUUUGUGUCAUUCGGACUCCGAACAGCCGAAGAAUGGAUGACCCGGAAAUCCAGGAAACCGUUGAAUCGAUUCUGGGCAAAGGCGUAAAAGUCGUGGACUGCGAAAAAAAGUCCGCCAUCAAGGAAGAAGAGGUGCUCUUCAUAAACGGCAUGCCGGUCGCUCUAGAAGGCAAAGACGGCCUGGCCAUCAAACAGGCUCUGAUCACCGGUCAGGUGCCGCCUUGUGAUUUACUGAACACUCUCCUGAUAAAGACGGGAAUAUUGAAGGCUCCGGUCAAGCUGGACACUUCCCUGAGCGUCAAAUCGACGACCGUGACCAAGGAAGAGGUGACGGUGUCCAGGGAAGGGAAAAUAAUCGACGAGAGGAGCAGGGAGACCAAGGAGCACAACGUGUAUACCAGCGCGUAUACGGAAGUCUACGAGCCCAUAGGAAUCUACCCGGUGGGCGAGAUACAGGACCGGCUCUUCAACCCCAGCGCGGGGAAAUUCCAGGACAGUACCGGGUACGAGACUGAGUCCGGCGAUAUGAAGUUCGGUUCGAGUUCGAGCGCCUCCAGUUACGAGUCGGACAGUGCCGUGCCGCCCUCGUCGUACGGGGGGAAGCACAGGGGGUCGACGACGAGCAACGAUACCACCUUCAAGACGGACUUGAGCUCGAAGUCGAACGCGGACGUGAAUUCGUUGGACGAGACCGAUUUUUUGUGCGACCAGUUCGCGAACUCGUUCGCGAAGUGCAACGGUAGAAAUGGAUAUGCAAAUGAGUUCACGCCCACUAUAUUCGGGACAGUAGCCUCAGACCACACACUGAAGGAUUGUUCAAACAGACGGUGUCUUCCACAAACGCCGCAUACGAAGAGCUUUACCAGCAAUUACAAUGGCGAUAGUGCACCAGAAAAUGGGGAUGUUUUGUCCGUCCAACAGGAAAAUACUCUGGUGUACAGAGAUGGCAACCUUCUCUCUGGAUCCCUGGACGCCUUGAUACAGCACAUGGUCCCUACAGACACCUACUACCCAGACAGAGCAUAUAUAUUUGCUUUCCUCUUAUCCUCGAGACUGUUCAUCAAACCCCACGACCUGCUGGCGAAAAUAAGAAACUUCUACGAGAUACAGCAAGGUCUGAAUGGUUCAUCUGGAGCUGGGCAUCCCGGUCGGGCCAGGUUUGCCGAACAUCUUGUGGAUCUAUUGGCCGAAUGGACUGAAACUUUUCCUUAUGAUUUUAGGGAUGAAAGAGUAAUGCAGCAUGUUCAGACCAUGACCCAGCAAUGUUGCAUCCUUAACUCAAGCCUGAGAACAAAUGUAUCUUCGAUACUCCACAACCUUCUUCAGCGUCUUACGUCGUUAGAAACGUAUGAGAAGUCACUGGAAAAACCACAAGUACCCCUGGAGGACUUUACUGACGACAUAACCGAAAUUUGCCCCUUUCCUUCAACCUUAGCCCAGCAGCUGACACAGCUGGAAUUGGAAAGGUUAUCUUUUAUAGGACCCGAAGAGUUCGUCCAGGCAUUUGCUAAGGAGAAUCCUUUACUGGAGACCUCUUUCAAAGACAUGAAGAAAACUAGAAAUUUGGAACAAUAUGUCCAAUGGUUCAAUAGACUGAGCUACUUUGUAGCAACCCAAGUUUGUAAAUAUCAGAAGAAAAAGCAGAGAGUUAGAAUGGUAGAAUACUGGAUAGAAACUGGCAGAGAAUGUUUCAAUAUAGGAAACUUCAACAGCCUUAUGGCCAUAAUAUCCGGACUCAACAUGUCCCCAAUAUCUAGGCUAAAAAAGACGUGGAAUAAAAUACAUUCCGGGAAAUUCGCAAUAUUAGAACAUCAAAUGGACCCAAGUAGCAAUUUCAGCAGCUACAGAAGUACCCUAAAGGCUGCUAUGUGGAGAAGUGCAGGUGCAACAGAUCAACGACAAAGGAUAGUCAUUCCCUUCUUCAGUCUUCUGGUGAAAGAUUUAUAUUUCUUGAAUCAGGGCUGCUCUAACAGGCUACCAAAUGGUCACAUCAAUUUCGAAAAAUUUUGGCAAUUAGCCAAACAAGUCACAGAGUUCAUGGCAUGGAAGCAAGUUGCUUGUCCUUUUGAAAAAGAUGUUCGGAUAUUAUCUUUACUCCAACAUGGGACAAUUCUUAAUGAAAACUCUUUAGCUUUGGCUAGCUUCGAUUGUGAACCUCCUGAAAAUAAUCAGGAGAAAGAGAGAUGCAAAAGCUUGAAAGCUGAUAGCACCACAGCUCUCUAAUUUUUUUUUCUAUUUCACCUAUGGAGUGAAACAGCUUUUUUUAUAUGGAAUGUCUAAUCGAAGAAUAUUCAAAACUUACAAUGCACUUGAUUUCCAGUUUCUUUAUCUUUGAUUAGAUAUUUCUAUAUUUAAGUAUUUCAUAAUGAAAUGAGAAAAGCCUUAUUACAAUCUUCAUACUCAAACUGGAGCACUUUGAAAAAUGUUGAAUUAAUUUUAACAACUGAAUUUUACAUGAAAUAUUCUGUAUUAUUUGUUAUAAGUUAUUUGUAUAUAUUUUUCUAUAUUGUUUGUACAAAAUUAUUUUUUGGAACAUUUGUGAUUUAUGAUAUUUUAGAACAAGUUCAAACUGCACAAGUAUAUGUACCUAAAAAUGCUUUAUGAAUAAAGUGUAAAUUAAUGGAUAUUACUAAGUAUUGCCAUCUUGAUGUUUUCUGUUGGAUUAUGUAUAUAAAAGUUUGUAUGUGUAGGGAAACAGAACAUGAUCAGAUGUCUAUACAUUUUUUCUCUUUGAUGCUCAAAAAAACUUGCCAUGUUUUUACUUCUUCCAACUCAUUAACUAAUUAUUUAUACAUGCUUUUUCCCAGAAAAAUAAUUAAUUGAAUUUUAGAACUGAGACAAACCUCAGUGAAUGUAAGAAACUUUUAAGGCUAGAGUCCAGAAAUUUAAAUUGUUGUUAUUGAAUACCUGUGUUUUCUUUUACUGAAAUUACUUCUUGCCAUUUCUCCCUGUACAUUCAAUACUUUAAUUUUUCUACCUGAUCUGUUGUUGUUUCCAAAAUGUGUGAUGUGAAUUUUAGAUAUAAUUUUAUUCUCAGUUCACUGAUAAAUAUUCCUUCGAUCCUGUGAAUCAUUUGUUAUAAUAUAGGUAUACCUAAUAUUUUAUACAGUUUAAAGUACUUAAAACAGAUUAACGAUAUUGACCAACAUGUAACAGUAUUGCUUAUAGUUUUUAAGGUUGAAUCUGGAGUUAAAUGGUUGUCUCUUCAUUCAAUAGUAUUAACUCGUCUUUUUUUAUUUUUUACGUUGAUAUUUAUUUCUAUAAAAUAAGCCGAAAAGCUAACUAAUUUUAGCAAAUGAAAUAAUUUUACUUGAUUGCUAUUUCGAAUUGAAGAAACUAAAAAAUUUAUUUAUUCCCACUUUUCUGAUGUCAUCAUACUAUCGAUAAGUAGAAUAAGCUAAUCAUUGUGAUGAGGAGAUAUUAAUGAAAAUAUCAGCAUAGUGUGGAAAAAAUAGCAAAUUCUGAGAAUCUGUAAUUUCAUCAUAUUGCAGUAAUGAAAUUAAUUAAGGAAAUUUUGUACUCAUAAUAUAUAAGCCUAUCGGCGACUCAAUCUUCACAUCAAAUCUUUUCUGAUAAAUAGGCUACAGCAAAGCUGUAGAAACAUUUUGAAGACUUACAAAUUAUCAGUAUUCUAGUCAAUGUUGUAUUGUAAUUACUAAUUGAAAUGUAAGAGAUCUUUUAUAUAAAUUAAAAUGUUGCAAAAUUG